CGUGCGCUUGCCAAUCCAGCUGUCAGCUAGCCACGCACGAUACCAGCGAGGCCUCGAGAACCAGGUCGCGCAGCAGGCCGCACCAAGCCAAGGCCAAGGCAAGGGGACAUCGAGCAUUACCCAGCAUGCCCUUGACUAUCCGGCACUUUGCGUAAACAAGGCCAAAGUCUGCUCUUUGGUCGAAGUGUUCGUUUGCCUUUUUCCUGCUCUUGGUGAGCUGGGUGCUACUCGGCCUUUUGAAAAAAGCGCCUACAAGGUGCCACCGAACGUGUCUUUCGCCAUCCCAGAUCAAAACCUGUGCAUCGGCAGUGGAACUCACGUUGCCUUGUCGCGUCGCCCUUCUUCUCCAGCCAGGAUGAUUGCCAACAACAGCGCAUCGCGGAACAAUCCGUCGCCGAACGAAAUGCUCAUGAGCACUCUUCAGCUGAUACAAGAGCAAGAUGGAGAUCCACUGUCUCCUGCGUCUUUUGGCAGUAGCAGCAGUGUGGGCAGUCCAGCCGAUAGUCAAGGUUCCUACUGCAGCCUGCCUGGUUUGCAACAUGACCAGUUCUCUCCGAUGAACAACUCCAGCCCGAAUCACAAUCACAUCAACGGAUUCCCAACCAAUCCUUUCCAGACCAACCACUACUACAUGAAUGAUUUCAAUGCGGACACCAUCAUGCAGAACCUCGGCCACAGUUCCAACCAGCUGCCCAUGUCUCACACCGACUUGGCUGGCUCCCCAAGCUCAACAUCCUCUGAUACCCCCUACCUGACCCCACCACGUGAUCCUGCCUGGUUCCCUGAGAUAGCUGCCCUGGAUGGUUUUGUCGAUGACUUGCUGAGCGACCCAUAUUCACCAUCGAGCGUCGACCUUGCCAAUGAGCUGAACACAUCUGGCACGUCCUGCGACCUCACGCACAGCCUCUCUAACAUCGGCGGCAUGACGGGGCCGCGUGACUACGAGCCUGCUGCCGCUCCGGUGUCAUUCCGCGCUCCCUCGAAUGCCUUCUCCUCCAACUCGACUCCCUUCUCCUCCAACUCGACCGUCUUCUCUUCCAACUCGACUCCCUUCUCCUCCAACUCUACUGUCUCCAAGCCAAUGAGCUAUGUGCAGCCAAUGCUGAACGCCAUGCCUCAUUGUCCAAACAAUGUGUCUGCAUCAAGCGUCUUCGACCAAGCUCACUGCAUCCCUGCGCCCACUGGUCGACAGUGGAUGGCUGUGCCACCAGCUCAGUUUCCGAACAUGCACACCCUUCCAAAGGACGCCUUUCCCAAGCCGUAUGGCAAGACCGACUUGCCCAUCGUCGCCCUCUGGGAAUUUCUUCUGGAAGCGCUCUACUAUUCAAGCUAUGAGCACAUCCUGAAGUGGAAGAACAAGCAAGAAGGCGAUUUCAAGAUCGUCAACUCCAGCUCUCUCGCCAAGUUGUGGGGAGUCUACAAACGCAAGAAGGACAUGAACUUCGACAAAAUGUCCAGAGCCAUGCGUUAUUAUUACGAUAAGGGAAUCUUGGAGAAAGGAAGCAGUGGAGCUCGCCUGGAGUACAAGUUUGGACCGCGUUCCAACUGGCUUGACUUCAAGCCACCGCACGGUGCCGAGAACGGACGCUUCUUUCAGUCGCAGCCUCCCCGCCGUGCGCGUGGAAACCGCUCCAUUGCACCCAACCUCUCCAAGGAGAGCAAGUCGCCUGCAGCUCCGAACGUGGUGACUGAGCAGACGGUGGUUGCCCCAGCCACCAGCAUCCCGCUCAGCCAUCCACCAAUGCCGCAGCAGCAAACCCUCUCGCAGCAUGGACGCCAUGCAUUCCCCAAACCAGCGGCCUGUGCCACUCAACACCGUUUUACUCCUUACUAAAUGUUUCCAACCUGUGUGUUGGGCAUUGUUUCUGUUCGCAAUUCUAUUGCUCCGCUGAAUCCUAUGGAUUUGAAAACAAGAUCGAUUUGAUCGUGCCCCCUGUCCUCAUUGCAGGACCACUAGACUUUAGGUAAAGAUAAGUAAUGCUGUAGCCUAAUGAUAGCGCUGCAUUCUCCUGUCCUCCCAAGCAUUCCCGCGUGCAAAUUUUGCUUUGUGUGUGUGUGUGUGUGUGUGUGUGUGUGUGUGUGUGUGUGUGUGUGUGUGUGUGUGUGUGUGUGUGUGGUGUUGCUCCCAAACCAGAGACUUUCCAGCCGCUGUGCUUGGUGAGCUCUCAGAUUCAUAGAAACAUAAAAAUAAUCGUUUGUUAGCCAUAAACUGCAUAGGUCUUGAUUUCUUUUCUGCACAUUGUGCUUGAUGUACUUGCUUCGAACGUACCAUUAGUAUGUUAGUCUGAAUGUGUUAUACUCCUCCGAUGUGGUAGUGGGCAGUUUCGCUUUGCUCAGGUUAUCAUUCUUACGUAUUUUUCCUUGUUUCCGAGUGACUUUCAAUGUAUGUUUGGAUCAGCUCACAGUUUUCGUGCCGGCUUUUUAUACAUUUGCAUGUGAAUGUUUCCCGACCCUGCGUAUUCUUCUUCAUAGUAUUGCGUGCUCCUUGUACUAAGCAGCAUGUGUUUGAUUCAGGGUCAGAUGGAUCCCAUUUCCGUUGCUUGCCUUUUACUCAAUUGCCUAGUACAGUUUUGUUUCAUUUGUGGUAUCUGCGCACAGUACCCAUUUCUAGUCACGUAUUCACGGUAUUGAUGUCUUUUUGAGCCAUGAAGUAACAGUUAUGUGCCCCUAGCCCUACAUACUUUGUAGAAUCACAUCCAUAAAGUGAAAAAAUGGUUCUGCUCUGAGCAGUGGACUGCAAAA